GUAGAAUACACUGGAAGGCUUUAUUGCAGUCGUGGCGCCGCUACUUAUUUCAUAGGUAAUUAAGCAACAAUGUCUUCAGCUGAGUGUUUGAGAGAGUUUGUCAACGAGCGACUAACUGCUGCUGCUGAAGAAAUAUUCCGAGUUUUUAUAAAAACUAUCGUCGAGUACGAGGAAGAGAUCGAUCGUCAGCGCAGACUGCUGGAUAUCGUUUGGAAACCCGAAAUAAAGUUACACAGGACAGAGCUCCCACAGCAACAUGUCUGGAAGGAGGAGGAGGUUCUGGCUGACCAGCAGCUCUGUAUUCAGGAGAGGAACUCCAGUCUGGACCAAGAGGACCCAGAGCCUCCACAGAUUAAAGAGGAACAGGAGGAACUCUGCACCAGUCAGGAGGGAGAGCAGCUUGUACUGAAGCAGGAGACUGAUACCUUUAUGUUGACUCCUACUUAUGAGGAAAGAGACCACAGUGAAGCAGAACUGAAAAGUGACCACCAGCUCCUCUCUCACAGCUGUCAUGUAGCUGAGAGCCAAGAUCAGAAAGGAGGUGAGCAUGAAGACGCAGGAUCAACUAGAGAUGCAGAGCCAGAACAAAAGAAUCAAGAUCACAAAAGCAGAAGCCACAGAAACAAUGUAAACAACUCUACCAUGUCAGAGGUUCACCAUAAUCCUCACACAGGUUUUCCUAGGUCAUGUCGAGGUCAUUUGCUGAGCUACAGGAAACCGAAGGUGGCAUCCUGUGAGUCUAAAACAGUAGGUCAGACUCUGUCUCUCCUCUCUGUCUGUUUGGUUGACUGUCUGACGCAGCUGCCUUGAUCAGGAUCAACUCUGAUUCUUACGGUAACCCAAGGUCCAGAUGAUCUUUAUUUUGUUUCCCCUUACAGACAGACUGACUGGCUGUCUCUAGAAAGUGUUGCAUGUGUCUUGAAUGACACGUGACUCAGGUCAACUAACUUCUACUUUUGUUUUUCUGUGUUCUUUUUAUUUCACUGCUGCUCAUUUGUUUAAAUGGUGAAGGAAUCUGAAUAGGCCUUUUAGUCUUCUUUACUCUCCUGCACUGUAAUUACUGGGUUUUUUUUCUAUUAUGCAUUUCUGUUCAUAAUUGUGCAAAUAAACUAAACUGAACGGCA